GAAGAAAUAUGCAGUCCCUGAUGUUCCCUGAAUCUACAAGAUGGCGGUUAUGGCAGUGAAAAUAUUAGCAGAAUCCAGUGUAUGAGAAGCGUUUGAGAAAGGUGCCAGAGCCGAGGGAACGAGACUCGAAGUCACGUGACAAUAGUAGUAGAUACAGAAUACCUAGUCAGUAUGAGGAACUGCUACAGGCUGCUGCUGAUGCUGGCAAUGCUCGCUCAUCCAGCUUUUGGUGAUGAUUGCGAUGGCGAUCGUUGUAAUGGUGGAAACUGUGAUUCUUCCAGUGGCUCCAUUUGGUGCACCAACUGUCCGAAAGGGAAAAUAGGGCCUCGUUGUGAGGAAAAUGGAAUCAUCAUCUGUGAGAGAGUUACAUAUACUAUUGAAUGCCCUGUGGGAGAAGUUCUCAACAUCCAGGAAGCAUUUUAUGGCAGAGAAGAUCAAAGCACCUGUUCGGGUAUGAACCAGACAUUGACAGACACCAAUUGCUCCUCCUCGGUAGCUCUGGAGAGAUAUGGAAACCUCUGUAAUUAUAAACACAUCUGUACGGUGACAGCCAAUAACAGUGUGACAGGCGAUCCAUGUCCUGGUACCUACAAAUAUGCACGGAUCAGAUACACCUGUAUUGCUUCUGUUAGUUGUGAUGGCGAUCCUUGUAAUGGUGGACACUGUGGAUCCUCAGGCGGCUCAAUUGUGUGCACCAACUGUCCGGAGGGGAAAAUAGGGUCGCGCUGUGAGAUAGACGGAGUCAUCAUCUGUGAGAGAAAGAGAUAUACUAUUGAAUGCCCUGUGGGAAAAGUUCUCAACAUCCAGGAAGCAUUUUAUGGCAGAGAAGAUCAAAUCACGUGUUCGGGUAUGAACCAGCCCUUGACAGACACCAAUUGCUCCUCCUCGGUAGCUCUGGAGAGAUACAGAAACCUCUGUAAUUAUAAACACAUCUGUUUGGUGACAGCCAGUAACAGUGUGACCGGAGAUCCGUGUCCUGGUACCUACAAAUAUGCACGGAUCAGAUAUACCUGUAUUGCUUCUGUUAGCUGUGAUGGCGAUCUUUGUAAUGGUGGACACUGUGAUUACUCCAGCGGCUCAAUUGUGUGCACCAACUGUCCGGAGGGGAAAAUAGGGCCACGCUGUGAUAUAGACGGAGUCAUCAUCUGUGAGAGAGAGAGAUAUACUAUUGAAUGCCCUUCUGGAGAAGUCAUCAACAUUCAGGAAGCAUUCUAUGGCAGAAAGGAUCAAAUCACGUGUUUGGGUAUGAAUCAGCCAUUGACAGACACCAAUUGCUCCUCCUCGGUAGCUCUGGAGAGAUACAGAAACCUCUGUAAUUAUAAACACAUCUGUUUGGUGACAGCCAGUAACAGUGUGACCGGAGAUCCGUGUCCUGGUACCUACAAAUAUGCACGGAUCAGAUACACCUGUAUUGCUUCUGUUAGUUGUGAUGGCGAUCCUUGUAAUGGUGGACACUGUGACUACUCAAGCGGCUCAAUUGUGUGCACCAACUGUCCGGAGGGGAAAAUAGGGCCACGCUGUGAUAUAGACGGAGUCAUCAUCUGUGAGAGAGAGAGAUAUACUAUUGAAUGCCCUUCUGGAGAAGUCAUCAACAUUCAGGAAGCAUUCUAUGGCAGAAAGGAUCAAAUCACGUGUUCGGGUAUGAAUCAGCCAUUGACAGACACCAAUUGCUCCUCCUCGGUAGCUCUGGAGAGAUACAGAAACCUCUGUAAUUAUAAACACAUCUGUUUGGUGACAGCCAGUAACAGAGUGACCGGAGAUCCGUGUCCUGGUACCUACAAAUAUGCACGGAUCAGAUAUACCUGUAUUGCUUCUGUUAGUUGUGAUGGCGAUCCUUGUAAUGGUGGACACUGUGACUACUCAAGCGGCUCAAUUGUGUGCACCAACUGUCCGGAGGGGAAAAUAGGGCCACGCUGUGAUAUAGACGGAGUCAUCAUCUGUGAGAGAGAGAGAUAUACUAUUGAAUGCCCUUCUGGAGAAGUCAUCAACAUUCAGGAAGCAUUCUAUGGCAGAAAGGAUCAAAUCACGUGUUCGGGUAUGAAUCAGCCAUUGACAGACACCAAUUGCUCCUCCUCGGUAGCUCUGGAGAGAUACAGAAACCUCUGUAAUUAUAAACACAUCUGUUUGGUGACAGCCAGUAACAGAGUGACCGGAGAUCCGUGUCCUGGUACCUACAAAUAUGCACGGAUCAGAUAUACCUGUAUUGCUUCUGUUAGUUGUGAUGGCGAUCCUUGUAAUGGUGGACACUGUGACUACUCAAGCGGCUCAAUUGUGUGCACCAACUGUCCGGAGGGGAAAAUAGGGCCACGCUGUGAUAUAGACGGAGUCAUCAUCUGUGAGAGAGAGAGAUAUACUAUUGAAUGCCCUUCUGGAGAAGUCAUCAACAUUCAGGAAGCAUUCUAUGGCAGAAAGGAUCAAAUCACGUGUUCGGGUAUGAAUCAGCCAUUGACAGACACCAAUUGCUCCUCCUCGGUAGCUCUGGAGAGAUACAGAAACCUCUGUAAUUAUAAACACAUCUGUUUGGUGACAGCCAGUAACAGAGUGACCGGAGAUCCGUGUCCUGGUACCUACAAAUAUGCACGGAUCAGAUAUACCUGUAUUGCUUCUGUUAGUUGUGAUGGCGAUCCUUGUAAUGGUGGACACUGUGACUACUCAAGCGGCUCAAUUGUGUGCACCAACUGUCCGGAGGGGAAAAUAGGGCCACGCUGUGAUAUAGACGGAGUCAUCAUCUGUGAGAGAGAGAGAUAUACUAUUGAAUGCCCUUCUGGAGAAGUCAUCAACAUUCAGGAAGCAUUCUAUGGCAGAAAGGAUCAAAUCACGUGUUCGGGUAUGAAUCAGCCAUUGACAGACACCAAUUGCUCCUCCUCGGUAGCUCUGGAGAGAUACAGAAACCUCUGUAAUUAUAAACACAUCUGUUUGGUGACAGCCAGUAACAGAGUGACCGGAGAUCCGUGUCCUGGUACCUACAAAUAUGCACGGAUCAGAUAUACCUGUAUUGCUUCUGUUAGUUGUGAUGGCGAUCCUUGUAAUGGUGGACACUGUGACUACUCAAGCGGCUCAAUUGUGUGCACCAACUGUCCGGAGGGGAAAAUAGGGCCACGCUGUGAUAUAGACGGAGUCAUCAUCUGUGAGAGAGAGAGAUAUACUAUUGAAUGCCCUUCUGGAGAAGUCAUCAACAUUCAGGAAGCAUUCUAUGGCAGAAAGGAUCAAAUCACGUGUUCGGGUAUGAAUCAGCCAUUGACAGACACCAAUUGCUCCUCCUCGGUAGCUCUGGAGAGAUACAGAAACCUCUGUAAUUAUAAACACAUCUGUUUGGUGACAGCCAGUAACAGAGUGACCGGAGAUCCGUGUCCUGGUACCUACAAAUAUGCACGGAUCAGAUAUACCUGUAUUGCUUCUGUUAGUUGUGAUGGCGAUCCUUGUAAUGGUGGACACUGUGACUACUCAAGCGGCUCAAUUGUGUGCACCAACUGUCCGGAGGGGAAAAUAGGGCCACGCUGUGAUAUAGACGGAGUCAUCAUCUGUGAGAGAGAGAGAUAUACUAUUGAAUGCCCUUCUGGAGAAGUCAUCAACAUUCAGGAAGCAUUCUAUGGCAGAAAGGAUCAAAUCACGUGUUCGGGUAUGAAUCAGCCAUUGACAGACACCAAUUGCUCCUCCUCGGUAGCUCUGGAGAGAUACAGAAACCUCUGUAAUUAUAAACACAUCUGUUUGGUGACAGCCAGUAACAGAGUGACCGGAGAUCCGUGUCCUGGUACCUACAAAUAUGCACGGAUCAGAUAUACCUGUAUUGCUUCUGUUACUUGUGAUGGCGAUCCUUGUAAUGGUGGACACUGUGACUACUCAAGCGGCUCAAUUGUGUGCACCAACUGUCCGGAGGGGAAAAUAGGGCCACGCUGUGAUAUAGACGGAGUCAUCGUCUGUGAGGGAGAGAGAUAUGCUAUUGAAUGCCCUGCUGGAGAAGUCAUCAACAUCCAGGAAGCAUUUUAUGGCAGAGAGGAUCAAAUCACGUGUUCGGGUAUGGACCGGCCAUUGACAGACACCAAUUGCUCCUCCUCGGUAGCUCUGGAGGGAUACAGAAACCUCUGUAAUUAUAAACACAUCUGUUUGGUGACAGCCAGUAACAAUGUGACCGGAGAUCCGUGUCCUGGUACCUACAAAUAUGCACGGAUCAGAUACACCUGUAUUGCUUCUGUUAGUUGUGAUGGCGAUCCUUGUAAUGGUGGACACUGUGGAUCCUCAAGCGGCUCAAUUGUGUGCACCAACUGUCCGGAGGGGAAAAUAGGGCCACGCUGUGAGAUAGACGGAGUCAUCAUCUGUGAGAGAGUUACAUAUAGUAUUGAAUGUCCUGUGGGAAAAGUUAUCAACAUCCAUGAAGCAUUCUAUGGCAGAGAAGAUCAAAGUACGUGUUCGGGUAUGAACCAGCCAUUGACAGACACCAAUUGCUCCUCCUCGGUAGCUCUGGAGAGAUAUGGAAACCUCUGUAAUUAUAAACACAUCUGUUUGGUGACAGCCAGUAACAGUGUGACCGGAGAUCCGUGUCCUGGUACCUACAAGUAUGCACGGAUCAGAUACACCUGUAUUGCUUCUGUUAGUUGUGAUGGCAAUCCUUGUAAUGGUGGACACUGUGACUACUCCAGCGGCUCAAUUGUGUGUACCAACUGUCCGGAGGGGAAAAUAGGGUCACGCUGUGAGAUAGACGGAGUCAUCAUCUGUGAGAGAGUUACAUAUAGUAUUGAAUGCCCUGCGGGACAAGUCAUCAACAUCCAGGAAGCAUUUUAUGGCAGAGAUGAUCAAAGUACGUGUUCGUGUAUAAACCAGCCAUUGACAGACACCAAUUGCUCCUCCGCGGUAGCUCUGGAGAGAUAUGGAAACCUCUGUAAUUAUAAACACAUCUGUUCGGUGACAGCUAGUAAUAGUAUGACCGGAGAUCCCUGUCCUGGUACCUACAAAUAUGCACGGAUCAGAUACACCUGUAUUGCUUCUGUUAGUUGUGAUGGCGAUCCUUGUAAUGGUGGACACUGUGGAUCCUCAAGCGGCUCAAUUGUGUGCACCAACUGUCCGGAGGGGAAAAUAGGGCCACGCUGUGAGAUAGACGGAGUCAUCAUCUGUGAGAGAGUUACAUAUAGUAUUGAAUGCCCUGUGGGAAAAGUUAUCAACAUCCAGAAAGCAUUUUAUGGCAGAGAAGAUCAAAGAACAUGUUCGGGUAUGAACCAGCCAUUAACAGACACCAAUUGCUCCUCCUCGGUAGCUCUGGAGAGAUAUGGAAACCUCUGCAAUUACAAACACAUCUGUACGGUGACAGCCAGUAACAGUGUGACCGGAGAUCCGUGUCCUGGUACCUACAAGUAUGCACGGAUCAGAUACACCUGUAUUGCUUCUGUUAGUUGUGAUGGCGAUCUUUGUAAUGGUGGACACUGUGACUACUCCAGCGGCUCAAUUGUGUGCACCAAGUGUCCGGAGGGGAAAAUAGGGCCACGCUGUGAGAUAGACGGAGUCAUCAUCUGUGAGAGAGUUACAUAUAGUAUUGAAUGCCCUGCUGGAGAAGUCAUCAACAUCCAGGAAGCAUUUUAUGGCAGAGAAGAUCAAAGUACGUGUUCGGGUAUGAACCAGCCAUUGACAGACACCAAUUGCUCCUCCUCAGUAGCUCUGGAGAGAUACAGAAACCUCUGUAAUUAUAAACACAUCUGUUUGGUGACAGCCAGUAACAGUGUGACCGGAGAUCCGUGUCCUGGUACCUACAAGUAUGCACGGAUCAGAUACACCUGUAUUGCUUCUGUUAGUUGUGAUGGCGAUCCUUGUAAUGGUGGACACUGUGAAUCCUCCAGCGGCUCAAUUGUGUGCACCAACUGUCCGGAGGGGAAAAUAGGGCCACGCUGUGAGAUAGACGCAGAUGUGUGCGAUCCAAACCCAUGCACAGGAAGGAAAUUGCUUCCCCAUUGCAAUCCGUGCCCCCAAAAUGCAUGCAACAAGUGUAGAAAGGAGCUUGAUCUACGUCAGAAAAAAUAUUGUAGACAUUGUUGCAAAGGAUAUAGUGGACAUUGCCGAAUAGGAGGAAACUUGCGAAGCAGUGGAUGCAUGACAUACUUCUGUUCAUCGCAAUAGAAUUAAACCACGCGAUGUUCCUUGACCAUAGUUAUCUGUAAUGAUUUACUGCUUGCUUAUGAUACAUUCUGCUGACUUUCCAUUAGUACUCCCAACUUUCAUUAGUGAUGGUCUCACAAAGAGAAUCAGAAUAAUCGAUUACUAAAUGAUACGUUAUCAUUUCUUUGCUUGAACAUUCAUUUGGAACAUACACAUAAAUCAGCAGUCUUGUUCAUGUGUUGAUGUCUAAAAGUUUUAAAAUCUUGGGUUGACGUUAAGGAUUUGAAUUGUUCAAAAAAGGGAACUUCUCCAUAUUGGCUACAUACAAAUGUACAAUUGUGUGAUCUCACAACGUUACACGACCUGCGGUACGCGCACGAUGUGUGCAGGAUCCCACAACUUUAUAUAUGUACAAGAACAAAAUUAAAUGUUGAUAUGAAUUUUGGUUCAUACAGUAAGCAACAAUAUUGAGAACUUGCCACGAAUUCCCAACCCACGGUCAAUAAAUAUGCGUAUUAUUGUAACAAGGGUAGUAACGCCCCUGAAAACGACUUUUAAAAUUGUAGUUUUUAUAUAUAAGGGUGGUGAAUCCCACUUUAUUAUACAUCAACGUAAGGGAAAUGUCUGGUUUUGCCAAUGUGUGUUCACGCGAAAAAAAAUGCCCAAAGAUUGGGCACGUUAUAUACAUAACGAAUUCGAAAAUGUAGGUAGAUCAGGCUAAGCAGACAUUUCCCCGGUCGAACGUGAAAUGGGUUUCACAGAUUUCACGCUUGUGUUGCCGUUGGAUAUAUACAAAAGCAUGAGUCCAUCUGCCUUACUGAGAUAUUGUUAUGACUCAUCUGUGAUGCGGAAAUCGAGUUGAAAUCAACAAGCCAAGUGUAUUUUGUCUAAUAUCGCCAUGUUGGCUUUCUCUGAUGAUAAAGAAAUAAUGGUCAUUGAUUGCAUGGAUGAAAAUAUGAUUUAUUUACAUAAGAAAACAACAAGGUAAUUUAAAGUUCACGAAAAUAUAUUUCAGUAUUUUCAAAUUGCACACUCCUAACUUUAAAAAAACCCAUUUUAUUCUAAUUGCAUUUCUUUUUAAAUAUUUUCAUUAUGUUUAUUUCUUUAACUCAUUGUAAUAUUGUCUUAAGCAUAAUAAAUUGCAUUGUCUGAAA